AUGCUGCGCAGUCAAAACAAGAGAGCGUACCUGGCAACCAUUGAAGAAAGGUUUACCACCGCAGCCAUUGAAGAAGGGUUUAAAACCCAGUUUCUUCCAAGAUUUCAAGCCUUGGGAUCUAAGGUACCUCACUACUCAAACUCUUCAACAGCCCGUUCCAUCUUGAGACACUCAGUAAUCAAGCAUCCCAACACCCAAGGCCCCCAAGGUGCCUCACCACUCAAGCCCUUUCAACACCCACUUGCCUCUCAAGUCCUUCAACAAUUUAACAACCAACACCCAAACCCCCCAAGACCCCAAGGUGCCUCAUCACUAAAGCCCUUCCAAGAGCCUCUUGCCUCUCAAAACCUUCAACAAUCGGGGUCACAUCCCAACAUCCAAGGUCCCCAAGUUACGUCACCACUGGAGCCCUUCAAUGGUCACUCUUCCCUCAAGAUCUUCAACAAGUCAAGCAUCUCAACAUUCAAGGCCACCAAGUGGAGGUUAUCGACCAACAGUAUCCACUCAAAGCUCUCACCAUCCUUUUUAAGAAG